AAGAAAGCCGUUGUUGGAGAAGUUACCCAGAUAUCGUAUCAACAGCAGCCUUUCCUGGGUCCAGAGAUCCUCAAUCAGCAGCCCGACUCCAAGCUGGAGAAAGCCAACAUCCUGGAGAUGACAGUUUGCUUCCUGAGAGGACAGCAACAGUACCAGCCAGUGAGCUCCUCCUCCUGUUCAGCACCUGCCAAUCAGGGUUACUCCAGAUGUGUCCAAGGAAGAGGUUAAGACACAGUCCAAGAGAAGACUGCUGAGCAACUUCCAGAGCCUGCAGCCAUCCUCUGAUAAGAACAGAAUGGAGAGUGACCUGCCUCAGCUCAGCAAAGAGAAGAGUCCAGCCAACAGCGCCCUCUGGAGGCCCUGGUAGAGUCCUACAGACUGGAGCUCCACUCUCAGACAGACACAAUUACAUUUUACAUUUUAGUCAUUUAGCAGACGCUCUUAUCCAGAGCGACUUAACAGUUAGUGGGUGGAUACAUUUUCAUACUGGCCCCCCGUGGGAAACGAACCCACAACCCUGGCGUUGCAAGCGCCAUGCUCUACCAACUGAGCUACAAUGGACCAUGUUGGUCUUAGGUGAAUGUCAUGGACAGCAGUGAGAAUAGGAAAAUAUAUUCCUCAUAUUCUGUUAUGCAGGAGGUUUUAAACCUCUUGUUGUGACUAAGAUUUUUUUUUCUUCAGUUGUCUUGAAAAACAUAUAUAUUUUAUUUAUUUAUGAAAAUGAUCUAAUUGAUGAACACUCCAUUUUUUGUAGUUUUAUUUGAAAUGAUAACCUUUAUGUUUUGAAAUAAUAACCUUUAUGUUUUAUGAAACGUGUUAAUUAUGUUGAUCAUGAUCAACAAUAACUUGAAUGGUCCUCCAUGAGGAUUUUUAACCCAAAAAUAGGUUUUAUAUCAUCAAUCUGUUUGUGAUUAUCUAUAUGACUGAUCCGUUUUAAGAUCAAACCAUAUAGGAAAAUGUUUUGUUACUACUACAAAAUGUUUGUAGUGAUAAGGUAAUAUUAUGUAUCAGUCUGAGUAUUUAUCCAUCAUGAGUAUUUACCCAAAAAUGAUAGAAUUUGCUUUAUGUGAAUGUUAUUCCGAUCAUUUCAGUGAUAUUGCAGAGAAAUGUGUAAACCUCUUGAUUAUUUUAAAUAAUUAUCUUGUAUUUUAUAAAGACAGUAAAUGUGUUUCCUAUACUCUGUUCGAGGAUCAUAAGUCUUGGAGAAUUAUCCAAGUUCUUGUUGUGAUGUUUAAUCACUAUUAUGUGUCUAUUCACCUUGAGGUGAUCAGAUUCAUGUUGUCUCAUUGAGUCAAUUUGAAUAAACUAAAAAAGUAAUGAAUUGAUUGAUGUCUUCUUGUUCUUCGCUUCUUCCCUGUCUAUACUAGUUCCUCAUCUCCUCAUGCAAGAACAAAUUGGAAUUUGUGAGUGAAAUCUCCUGGUGUGCGCAUAGCACUUAGAGUUAUCCAUGGUGCUGAACUAGAAUUUGCCCGCCACUGUACAAUGUAGCACACAAAGCAGUCUUUCUAAACUAAGCUACUAAUGCCAUUGCCAGCUCAGGUUGAUCAAUGUUAGCCUACCUACAUAAUUAUGUUGAAAGUCAUUCCACCAUUGACAGUGUGUAUCUUGAGUCAGUGUGAUAACAGUGAAAUAGAUAGGUUACACGAUAUUACGAUAUAAUUAUAAGAAAAUAAUCAGGAAUGUUUAGUAAGUGGUAUCAAUUACAACAUGAUGUAAAAAUAAUCAUUGCUGAACUUGAAAUGAAAAGUAACAUCAUACAACAAAACACAGAGUAUAACGCCUUUAUAAAAGGCAACAUAAUUUGAGAAGCUUAGUCCCUAUAAGAAUACAAUUUCUUUGAAGUGGUAUUCGUCAUACACUGUAGACAAUGUCAUAGCUACAUUAAAACAAGAUACACUACAUAUACAAAAGUAUCAGUGGAUUCGGCUAUUUCAGCCACACCCAUUGCUGAAAGGUGUAUAAAAUCGAGCGCACAGCCAUGCAAUCGCCAUAGACAAACAUUUGCAGUAGAAUGUCCUUACUGAAGAGCUCAUUGACUUUCAACGUGGUACCAUCAUAUGAUGCCACCUUUCCAACAAGUCAGUUUGUCAAAUUUCUGUCUUGCUAGAGCUGCCCCGGUCAACUGUUAUUGUGAGGUGGAAACGUCUAGGAGCAACAACCGCUCAGUGGUGUAAAGCUUGCCGCCAUUGGACUCUGGAGCAGUGGAAACGCGUUCUCUGGUGUGAGGAAUCACUCUUCACCAUCUGGCUGUCCGACGGACGAAUCUGGGUUUGGCGGACGCUAGGAAAACGCUACCUGCCCGAAUCCAUAGGGCCAACUGUAAAGUUUGGUGGAGGAGGAAUAAUGGUCUGGGGCUGUUUUUCACGGUUCGGGAUAGACCCCUUAGUUUCAGUGAAGGGAAAUCUUAACACUACAGCAUACAAUGACAUUGAAGACCAUUCUGUGCUUCCAGCUUUGUGGCAACAGUUUGGGGAAUGCCCUUUCAUGUUUCAGCAUGACAAUGCAAGCAAGGUUCAUACAGAAAUGGUUUGUUGAGAUUGGUGAGGAAGAACUUGACUGGCCUGCACAGAGACCUGACCUCAACCCCAUCGAACAACUUUGGGAUGAAUUGGAACGCCGACUGCGAGCCAGGCCUAAUUGCCCAACAUCAGUGCCCGACCUCACUAAUGCUCUUGUGGCUGAAUUGAAACAAGUGGAGGCUGUUAUUGCAGCAAAGGGGGAACCAACACCAAUGAUUUUGGAAUUAGACGUUCGACAAGCAGGUGGUCAUGUAAUGUAUGUGCAAAUGUUGCACUGCUGACGACAAAAAGCCUCUAAUGAAAAUAACAUAAUCAUGCCACAUCAAAGACAAUAUGCAUUGGUUGUUAGGCUGAGGAGCAAAUCUGACCCAAAAUGUUCAGGUACUUUUCCCAGUCUUGUGAUCAUUGUCAGUAUUACCACGGUCUCCACAGAGAGCCUUGGGAUCGCGGUGAUGAUGACCUCAAUGUUGACCGCUUGGCAGGGAUGCGCCUGGACAGGGGGUGUUCUCUGGAGCAGGUAGAAGCAUUUGAGCUCCCCUCGUUCUGCCACCGCCUGCAUGGGCGCGUGAAGGGGCAGCUGCCGGAGUGUCUCCUGCAGACACUGGGAGAAGCCCUGAGAGUAGCUGGGUGGUUGUCUCCUGUAGAAAACUCACUGCCAUCUCUAAAAUAUUGACUUUCUCCAGUUUGGAUGCGGGCUGCUGCUGCUGCUGGCCACACAUCUGUCCUCUGUGGAGAAGUGUCCUCAGCUGCUCAAUGCUGCUGUUGAUUCGUCUCUCCGAAUUUUCUCCACAAAAAUCUUAAUCAUCUCAGUAGUGUGAUUAUUCUGUGCAUAUCUGCCAUGUGAAGUGUGCAGUGUCUUAUCUUUAUACCUUUAGGGUCCCUUAUCAAGUCUACCGUCUGACCCAGUCCCCAUCUGCAGAGGCCUGAUAGAGAAUGUUCCCAGGUAAUAAAAGUGUAACAACCUGCUUGUGUUCAGUCUGUGCCUCUGAUAUCUGCAGCACCAUUCCUUUGUUGGCCAGUUAACCAUGAGAUAGUUAAUGCCUUCCAUUGUCGUGUCCGCCUCGCCCACUGGCCUCGGAGUGUGGGAAAGCUAAUCCAGCCUGGGACUCAUGGUUUUGUAAUGAUAAUGCCCUCCUAUAAAUAGGGGAGUGGGCUCCUCUCUCAGCUCACAACUCACUCACCUUCCUCAGAGAAGCAAACACUCUCUCUCUCUCUCUCUCUCUCUCUCUCUCUCUCUCUCUCUCUCUCUCUCUCUCUCUCUCUCUCUACCAGAAUGGCUCCUACCUACACCAGAGACUACCAACACUAUGCUCUCUGCUAAAGACAAGCAUAAAGUAAGUAUUAUUUAUAACAUAUGUUUGUGUCAUUGUUUACUAUUUAAUCAUUUGAUUUUUAAGGACAUAGAACUAACCGAAUACCCUCUUUUCUUCAUCAGCUUAGGAAACCAGUUGUGGAGAAGAUGCGUAGAGACCGCAUUAACAUCUGCAUAGAGCAGCUCAAGACCCUGCUGGAGAAGGAGUUCCACAAACAGGACCCCAACACCAAGCUGGAGAAGGCUGACAUCCUGGAGAUGACAGCUGCAGACUCAGAACCCAGUCCCUCAGACGGCCCACAGUGAGGGCUACUCCCAGUGCUGGAGGGAGACCCUGCACUUCCUGUCAUCCAGCUCCAUGAAGGACAUGAUACUCCAGAACCUCCAGAGAGCAGUCCACGACGUCUGCCCCUCCUCGCCACUCUCCUCCCAACACCAACACCACAGCCAGGGCCCAGUGAAGCAGGCCACCAGUGGUCACAAAACAGUCUGGAGGCCCUGGUAGAACAACUGCAUGGAUCUAUUUCACAAACUGGAUGGGUGUUUACCAUCUCUCAUGCUGUAGGAAAUCUCUAUUUCAAUUGUAAUAUCUGCUUAGGUCCUUUAUGAAGGAUAGCAAACAUCAUAUGACAAGCGUUAGGGUUUGUUGUCUCCUGUAUGGAGCUGUCUAUAAAAAAGGCUACUAUGAAUCUGCUUUAUGAGUAGACGUAGUGAAUACUUUUACUGUCAUGUGGCAUAUGACUUCUAUGGAGUCGACUCAAGUAUUGAUGAUGAAUAUAGAAUCAAUAGUAUUCAAAAUGCUAAAUAUGUAUUGGAGAUUAAUUCUCACGUUUAAGUGUUCUUAAAGUGAAAUCAGAUUAUGUUACCUUUUGUAAAGGAACAGAUUUCACAUAAUGCAUAUUGAAACAUUUUAAUUGUAAUUUUUACAGUGAAUGUGUGUGGACUUCGUAUUUUGACAUUGCUGACGUUUAACCUACACUGGGUGCACAAGUGGAUAUCAUAUCAAAAUAAAAAAUGAUAUUGACAAUGGAUA